UACAACUAAGAUCACACAGAACAGCUGCCACCUUCAUCAGCAUAUACUGGACCCUACAGUACAGAUUGUUUCGUUAAAUCUCAGCUAUAAAUUUACAUCAUCAAUGAAGAAUAUCCUUUUAUGUGUUUGCAUCAUCAGUCUGGUCUUUGGUUAUCCGGUUCCAGAUUCUCCUUCCCAUAGCUCAGAAUAUGUUGAGGUCAACAGCAAAUCAUCAUCAGAAUCCAACUUGCAAAGUUCAGAGCAGCAGUAUGACUCAAGUGAGGAAUCAAUUUCUGAGCAGCAAGCAGAGGAUGUUAGUGGUGGACAACAACAUGAAGAUAAGGCUGCUCGAGAUCACAUCUCAGUUGCUAUUGAUAGCAUAGAUAUUGAAGAGCAACUAACAGAUGGAGAUGAUAGAGAUAAUGAUGAAGACACAGAGCCUGCUCUAUUCACUGCAGUCCACAGCAGCUCCAAAGAGGAAAAGGAGGAAGAUAAUCUGGAAGAAAAUAUAAGGCAUGUUGCUGCUGGAGAUGAGAAUAAUAAACACAAUGAAUCUGGGAGCCAUGAAGAUAAUUCUCCUGAAGUCCCAGAAAGUGACGACAGCACUGACAAAACAGGUGUUUCUGAGACCCCCAGUGACAAUGAUGAGAAGAAUAAAGCGAAUGAAAGCAGAAAUGAAAAAUCAAGUAAUGGGAGUCAUCUAGGAGAUGAUAUAAAGCUAGCAGGUGAUACUGGACAUGGAGACCAUGUGGAUAAAAGUGAUGAAACUGAUGAUGACAAUGGUAAAGAUGGGGAAGAUGAUGAUAAAGCAAAUGUAGAUAAUGAUGAUUUUAAGCACAGUGAGGAGGAUGACUAUGAAGACAAUGUAAGUGUCAAAUCUGGAAAUAGUAGAGAGAAUGAUCAGGACUGCAAUAAUGACAGUAAAGGAAAUGGUGAUUAUGUAAACAGCAAACUUAAAAAAAGUCACUACAGCUAUGAAUCACAUGAGAGAGAAAUGCAAAAUGAUGACACAAACACAUUGUUGAAUACUAAUAGUGAUUCCAGUUUAAAUAAGGAUAUAACAAUUAGUUCUUCUGUAGAAAAAAGCAAAGAAGUUACCAGGAAGAAAAAGAAAGGAAAUCAGAACACUAAAAAAAUGACUAAAAGUCACAUAAGACCUAUGAGAAAAAACAAAAAGAAUACCGGCCAAAUUGAUUCAGAUAGACACAGAAGCAAAUCUGAGGACAAACCGGUAUCAGAGAAUCAUAAUAGCUUUGAAAACCGAGAUUCUGGAGUUUUAGAUAGCAUAGAAAGAUUGCUACAUAAGAAACUUGGGAGCUCAAAAAUAUCAGAUAGUCACUCAAAAGAAAAACCUGACUCAAAGGAAGACACUCACUCACAGGAGGACACUCAUUCACCAAAAGACACUCACUCAUUAGAAGACACUCACUCUGUGGAAGACACUCACUCUGCGGAAGACGAUCACUCACAGGUGGAGACUCACUCAUCAGAAGACACUCACUCAAAAGAAGACUCUCACUUGACAGAAGGUGCCAGGCAACCAGGCAAAGAUAUGCAGUUGACUAAAGGUGUCAAACAAUCAAAUAAGGAUAGAAGUCAUUCAUUAGAACAAUUCAGUCUGUCAAAUGAGGAUAUCACUCAGUCUAAGGAAUCAGAUGAAGAUAAAACAGUAGAAGCCAUAAAUCAAUCAGAAGAGGGUGACAGUAAGUCAAAAGAAAAUGUCAGUCAAUUUAGCCAUAGUCAGUCCAAAGAAAUACUGCAAUUGAAAAAAGACCAAAAUCAAAAGAUAGAAAAAAACAGUAAAAGUAUAUCAGUAGAAAAUAGGGAUUCAGAUAAAUCCACGAAAGAUAGAAGUGAAUCUGAGGAAGACUUGCACAGUAAUGUAAAUUCUAAAGAAGACUCUGAGGAUGUUGAUUCUGCAGAGAAUGCCAGAAAAUUAGAUCAGUCUGAUACCACAACAGAGCAAGCUGGAAGCAGCGAGUCAACAGAGCUGAGGUACAUUGUGCUAGGAAAUAAUUCUUUAAGUGACAGUAAAUCUUCCAGCAAGUCAACAGAGCUCACCAGUGUUUCCAAAGAGAACACUGAAGAGGACAAUGACUCCACAGACAUUGAUGACACAGAGAGUAUAACAGCAGAAGAGGAUGAAAGCCAUUCUAGAGAAAGUGAUGAGUCAGUCCAGGUGAGACAGCAGAAUGACUCCAGUGAGUCUGAAGAUGUCAGCAGAGCAUCGGUUAGUUCUGAAAUUGACAGCAGAAGGUUAAUGUUUGAUAUUUAUCAACAUACAGCCAUUGGAAAUGAUAAUGACUGUCAAGAUGGCUACUAGGUCCCCCCGACUCUGUCAGUAUGAAGAUUUAUAACAUUCUUUUAUAUGUUUUUCUUGUUGGUCAACUGUAACAUGUACUGGAAGAUAAGGUACUGCCCACUGAUGUGAAUGUAUAUGUUGCCAUCCACUAUUGUACAGUAUGUUACAUCAAACAGCUCAGUAAUUUAAAAUACAGUAUGUGUCAUCACUUCUUCCUUGUGGAGGAAGAAACCAGAAGCAAUGUAAGCUAGUUAUGUAUAGGCAUAUCCAGAUCAAUACCUCAAAUUGAAAUUACUGUAGCCAUUAAUAGAAACUUGUGAUUUUCAAUACCACCACACACUGAAAGGUUGAAAUGUCAUGCACAGUCAACAAUUAGUGUACAAUUUUUUAUCUCUCAACAAUGCUUCCAUACCUUGUAUUAUCAGACAUAAAUUUAUGAACAGUUUCCCAAGGAUAGAAAUGCCUCUCAGCCAUUCUUCUGGGUAAAUGGCACUACAGGGUGUAAACGUUCUUUUAUGAGAGUCUCUUCAUUGCAAGUUUGUAGCCACAUACUGUUAGCAGUGACAGGUGGGAGAAGGGAAGAAACUGAUGGCAAUGAAAAGUGAACGGAUAUUCAAGCUCCCACUGCGUGUGCACAGUAAAUGCAGCUGCUGUUUGUUUAGAAAAAUCUCCAGUUCAAUUAGGGACUGAGUAAAUGUAGCAGACUGGGGGAGACUUGUUCUGUCUGCAUACACAGAGGGCAAUUAGAUAUGGAGGAGUACCUCACUCAUUUUUUGCACAUGGUUCAGUGGGGUAUUAUCCGGAACCAGCGAGGUUAUCCUGUCUGAAUAACCCGUUUAGUAUUAGCGGGCAAGGUUCCAACUGAAUCUUGUGGCUAAUUGAAUCGCCCCUUUGAGCUUUGGAGAAAGAGGCAUAACAGUAUGGAUACCUGUUGUAAGCGUCCCUAAAUAUUAAGUGCUGUCCAUACAAAUUAGUAGAACACUUAUGAAUAAUAUUAUACAUUUACAGAUUAUUAAUAUAUGUAUAAUUAUAGUAUGUGUUUUUUUUACAUAGGACAAGACUUAUUUAAUGAAAGUGUACCUAAUGCAAAUGUCAUGAAAGCACAAUACUUUCUUUAAAUGGUAGAAAGCAUUAGCUCUUUAUAUGUCAUUAUUUUGUAGAUGAUUUUUUCAGUAUUCUUGAGUCUUUUGCUAAAAAAAAGGUCUCUCACUUAGGUUGGGUACACAUCAGACAAUAUGUUGUCCGAUCCCGUGGACAGGAACAACAUAUUGUACACAUCAUCUGAUGUGUACCCGUGAUAGUGUGCUUCCGCCCAGUAGCAGAUUUACUGGAAAGCAACCCAAGUGGCUGCUUAGGGCCCGGUUGAUCACAGAGGGCCCAUUGACAGGUCUAUGGGAAGAUGGUGCAGCCACACACCCCCCCACUCACACACACACACACACACACACACACACACCUCUGCCUCUACCCUUUUGCUGCCCAGCUGGGAUGGAAUGUAGUAAGAUGGUACAGGUCCAUACAUCUAUACUUUAUGCAGCUGCAACUGUUCUGUCCCAACUUUGCCGCCAUCACCCUUCUGCUGUGCGUGCGCAGCUAGGAGGGAGGAUAGUAAGACUGUACAGCAGCGGACAUGCCCUCCUCUACCCUUCUGCUGCCCAGCUGGGAGGUUUUGUAGGAAGAUGGUACAGCCACAGACAGCCCUCGCCUCCAUUGUCAUUACCCUUCUGCUGCCCAGAAGACAAGUAGACUGCUGGGUCUCAAGGGCUGGAGCUGAGAGGGAAGGCAGGGAGAUCACUGCCGCCAUGCCCCCCUCCCUACCCCCCACUUCCUGCUGGACCAGACAGGGGCGAGAGCUGCGGACAGAACACCAUACAGAGAUUAGUAUAAAGGGGCACUGAUGGCAUAAUUCUCUUUUGGAUUAUUCUGAGUGGGCAUAUGACUUUCGUGCUCUAGUGUAGGAGAUGUGAGACAGCCACAGCCGCGAUUUCAGAGACCCCAAAAUGCACAGCUGUCUUCAGGCUGUGGCAUCGGGUACUGAGGAGUAGGGAGAGAAGAUGAGGAGUAAACCAGCGAGAUGGACUGUAGUGAACCUGGCUGCACAGGCAGUGGGGGCACAGUGGAGAGAGACCAAGCUCACGCUGCCAUGUAAACUAUCAUUUUAUAACAUGAAAAUAUAGUGUUUUAGUUUGUUUGAGGAAGGGGGUCCCCAAAUCGGUGUCUUGCUUAGGGGCCCAUGAAGUCUAAAUCCGCCUCUGCUUCUGCCCGCCAACAUCAGAGUCAUAACAUUUGAUGUUCUGCACAUCAGAUGUGAUGACCCAGUGGCUAAUAGCAUGCUCCUGGAUGUGGCCACUGAACGAUACAGCGUGCGACCGCUGAACGAUAUAUAUUAUUCUGUGUGUACAAGCGACCAAUGUAUCGUUAGAUAUAUAUUAUUCUGUGUGUACAAGCGACCAAUGUAUCGUUAGAUAUAUAUUAUUCUGUGUGUACAAGCGACCAAUGUAUCGUUAGAUAUAUAUUAUUCUGUGUGUACAAGCGACCAAUGUAUCGUUAAAUCAGUAAUCCUGUCUGCCACGAUUCUAGUCGUACCCAGCCUUAGGCAUUCCAUGGCCAGAGUGCUAGAGGUCUGAACAGUUUCCAAGAUGCUCUAGUUUGCAGUAAAUUGGUAGCCUUUAUUCUCAAAAAAUAAUUAUUCAGCCCACAAAAUGGCUUCCACCACUUCUAACAGUUCUAAACUUAACUAAGCUGAUGAUCCUGAUUCCAAAAAAAACAAGCAGCAUUGACAUCUAUUUAUUUAUUAACAGUUUCUUAAGCCAUUUCACAUCUCCAAUGCCGGAUCCCUCCCUGGGAAUUGGAAACGGGUCCUUCCCGGGAGGGACCUGGCAUUGGACCCUAAGAUCUGGCUUCCUGACCUGGCAAUAUGCCGGUUCGGGUUGUCAUAGUGGCGCCUCUCCCUAUGCUGUGAAUGGGCACCGGGUCUCAUCGACUUGGCAACCCAUUCACACUGCCACUGCCCCGGUAUUCAACCAGGAAAAAACCCUUCUUAUAUCCCAGGUUGAAUUACUGGAUCAAGAGACCCGGGAAUUCUCCAUGGGCCUUUCACAUCGCACAGUGACCUGUGUUGACCCGGCAAUAUAUUAUUAUUAUUGCGAUGUGAAAGGGUUAUAAUAUAGCGAAGCAUAUUCCGUUGCGCUUUACAAUUUACUGUCAGUUUUAUUUAUGUACUACAUAUGCAUUUGUUCCAAAUUUUACCAGUGUUCGUUUUGUU